AUGAGCCUCGGCGCAGGCGCGAACGCGGCCUACCGCGCGCUGCAGCGUGCCUGCCGGAGGGCCGACGAGCGGCCGGAGAGGCUCGUGGCCCUGCUGGCCCGGCCGCCGCGGCUCUUCGUGCCCCGCGCAGGCAAGCCGCUGCGGCUCGCCCCCCCGCGGUGGCCCUUCGUGGAGGACGCGCUUUACGAUGCCAUCGGCGGCUCCACGGAGUUCGCGCACCCGAAGCCGCCUGGCUGCCGGGCGGCAGCGGCCUCCGCGCGGAGGCACCGCGCGCGCGUGGAGGCGCUCGGCGCCGAGUACCCGCCGGAGGCGGCGGAGGUGCUGCGCCGGCUCGGCGAGGCGGCGCUCGUGGAGGCGAUCCAGGAGCUGGAGAAGGGUACGGCUCCAGCGCCCCCGCCGACGGUGGGCGCGGCGAAGCACGCCAUGGAGCAGGCGCAGUGGCAAUGCGACCGAGCGGUCGCAAAGGCUGAUGGACUGGAAGUGCAACUACGUGAAGCUCAAGGUGCCGUUGCUGAAGCUUACCAUGUGUACGAGCACUGCGAGAACGUCUACAAGAAGAUGGUGCGUGGCCUCGCGGCCAAGGUGGUGCCCGUGGAGCAGCCGCCGCCGCCGCUGGUGCCGCGCAUCAGCCUUGAUGACAUGUUGCAGGGCAAGGACAUCGACUUCGACGAUAAAGGGCGAAGCGUCGUCGGCAGGCUCAUUCCGCAGAAGAUGCCCAAGCGUCAGCUCCAGGCGGUGAAGAUGGAGCUGCAGCCCAUGGGGAAGGUCACGGCGGACAACGUGGCCCAGCUCUACGCCAAGGCCAAAUUGGCAGCCAAUGCGAACCACCAGCUGGCGGAGGUGCACAGCAAGGUGGAAUGGGACCCGGACGACCCGGACGCCGCCGCAGUGUACCAGUUGGCGGGCGCCGUCGUGGCGCACCAGUUGGAGAGCUCCGCCGCUGUCAUGGACCUCGGUACCCCUCCCGCCACCCUUCCCGGCGCGCGCUUCGACGACCUGCCCGACGCCCCGUCCUGCGGUUCCCCCGACGCCCUCCCGGACGCCCAGGCCUACGCCCCCCUAUGCCCCCUUGCGCCCAGCGCCCUCCCCGACGCCGUCCCCGAAGCCCACGACGCCCUUGAACCUCAGCCAGACGCCCCUCCCAACGCCCCCUUCGACGCCCUCCUCGACGCCGUCCCCGAAGCCCACGACGCCCUGGAACCUCAGCCGGACGCCCCUCCCAACGCCGCCUCCGACGCCCGCCUCGACGCCCUGCCCGACGCCCCGCCCUUCAGUCUCCCCGACGCCCUCCCGGACGCCCAGCCCUACGCCCCCCUGCGCCCCCCUACGCCCAGCCCGACGGCCCCCUACGCCCCACCCGACGCGGCCAGCUACCUCGAGGCGUUGCAGCUGGUCCAGGUAUUGGCUACGGAUUCGGCGCCGAACCCCGCGGACAUCGCGCAACUCGUCGAGGAGCAGGGGCGGUCCCUGUCCCGGCAGGGGGCCGCCUGCCAGGACAGAGGGCGGGCUUUCGCCGUGGGCUGGGUCUCGCCCGCGCGGCCGGCCGUGCUUCUCCGGGAGCGCCUGGCGGCGCAGGGCAAGGAGGCCAUGCGAGUGCAGGAGGCCGACGCCGUGGAGCUGCCGGCGCUCCGGCGGCUGCCGCCCACGGAUGCCUCCCGGGUCGACGUAGGCGACAUCCUGGUGGCGCAUCCGCUGGCCUGCCUGCAGCAGCCAGAGCUGACGCAGUCGGUGAUGCUCGUCAUCUGCGUGGACGACAGUAGCAACCACGUCCGCGCUGUAGCGUUGAACACCCCUCCGCGAGGGUCUCUGAGGACGCUCCUCGCCUCCAUCCCGUUCAGCGACGCGGACAAGCAGGCGCUGGAGCGCCUCGGGCCCCUGCUGGACCUCCACGCGUCGCCCGGCGGCGACCUCUCCUCGAGGAAGCUCGGCAUGCACCUGCACUGGCUGCACGGCCUCGGGCCUGCGGCGGCGACUGGGUGCCACGAGGUGCUGCCGUCGGUGUGGCUCGGCGGCGAGCCCGCCCCACAGAUGGCCGCCUCCAUCCCCGCGGCCGCCGGGGCGCCCGCGGGCUCGACGCCCACGAGGCUCCGCCCUGUCGUGGGCUACGCAGGCUGGUCUCGCGCGCAGCUCGCGGUGGAGCUCGAGCGCGGCGUCUGGGCUCGCUGCCGCGCGGAGAGCCCGGAGGCCGCCCGCGCGCUCUGCCUGCCCGGGUCCCUGCCGCGCGUGGCCGCCUCCGCGCCCGGCUGGCAGGCCUGCGCGUGGAGGGCGGCGCUCCGGGCCGCUGGUCUGCAGCCGCUGGCCAACUUCCCCAGGGGCGGUGGCGCAGAUGCUCCUCUGAUCAAGCUGCUCCACGCACACCGGAAGACUAUGUUCGAGACGGAGGUGGCCGCGGCGCAGCAGGCGGCCGCCCUGUAG